UGAAAUAAAGAAAGCGAAAGAGAUGAGUUUUCGGAAAGCUUCACCUUUGGAAAAAGUUGGAUCGUAGAAUUCCGAAUGGUGGUGGGCUCCAGCAACCACCGUCAUCUCUUUUGUUCGGAAUUUCGGCGAGUCUACGUCGGCGGCUGAAAGAAAACCGUGGGAAGUGUCAGCCAUUCCAAGAAAAACAUACUCCGUAUUAGGUAACACGAAAACAAAUCUCUCACUUUACGAUAUAUAUAUACAUAUAUUGGUAUGUUGCAAAUAACGUUUGAUCCUCAAAUUCAAAAGGAUUUUCUUUAAAUCCGAAGAAGAUGGUAUGUGUCUUUUGAUUAGAUAUUCAUUCUGAGGAAGAAAUUGAAGCUCAGAAAAACAAGUGGAACCAUGGCUGUGCCAUGGAGUAUGACCUUUUGGAUAGCAAAGAUGGUGUGGGUGGCUCUGACUGGGUGGGUCACAUCAUGCUUGACUGUUGCUGAUGAGAUCGCUGGUUCUCUCCGAACCGGCGAGAUCGGUCCUUUCCAUGUUGGUUGAUUGAAGAAUUGCACAUUAAAUUAAGCCCAUGUUCUGGUUUGAUCCUUUGAACUUCCUGCCAAGUUAGGAUGGACGGUGAGAUGGCAAAUUAAAUUAGUGACAAUUAGAAUAAUUGGUGAAGAAAUCUUUGUCUAGUUGUGGUUAUAGUCCCCACAAAUUUAAUAUAACUUUACUCAGUUCUGGUGAAUUAUGGUAAACACAUUAUAAUUGCGGAAGACCCUUUGGACAUGUUUUAAUGUUAUUAUAGAGCCACUAACUUGUCUCUGAAUGCAUCGACAGCAUUAAGCUUUCAAAAAAAUUCCUGAGUUGUUUCCACUUCUUGAUUAAUGGAACUCGGACCUGAAGCUGAAUUUUCUAACCUUGAUUUGGAUUGCUUAAGCUCAUAUGUGUGGUUGGCAACUCAUUUGAUGUUCAUUUACAGAUGAUAUAUUGUAAUUGUGGUUGAUGACACAAAUAGUGUUGGGAUUGAUAAAAGAGAACCCUAUUAUGUUUUACUGGAACUCGUAUAAAUUAGUUUUUAGUUUUAGAUUCAAUGUAAUGCGGUACUUGCAAAGUUAUCCCAGAACUAUAUAUGUAAAUGAUAAAUGCAUAAUUUUAAUGAGCUUGUCAGCUUCUAGUUCCGAAUCCCACUACCCUCCUCCUCCUUAGCUUCUCCCUUCUUCUAAAUUUUUGUGUGAAGAAGAUUUAUCUCUGGUAUUAGUCUUUGAAAAGUUCAGUAUUAUCGAACUAUUCACUUGUAAAUUUCAAUUUAGAGUAUGCUUUGUACUAAGAAGUGAAGGGUAACUUUUAUUCAUACAUCUUAUAGAAGAGGGCUUGGCUCUGCUAGUAAAUUUGGGGGGUGGGGUUUGGAGUUUAAUUAUUUCCCUUCCUGUAGUUGAUUAAAGUUCUAUUAUUUAAAGGCAUGGACAAUUCACAUGAAUUUGUAGUAUCUAUUAAAUUUGGAAGUAAUAAGAAUAUCAUAUGAUAAUGUAAGAAAGUUCUAGAACAGGACAACAGUUUGAGAUCUUUUUUGUUGUUCUAAAUUAGUUUAGGACCUUGGAAUCCGCUAGUGGGCUGGUGCAGUUAGAUUGAUCAAUAAGUGGGGUGUCUCAUCUUAUUUAAGCAUAAGUUCAUUUAAAGUUUUCUCUCUAUGACAAAUCAAGUAGAUCUCUAAAGGCAUCCUUUAUUCCCCAAUGCUUGGUGCCCAUAGCAAUUAGGCUACAAUGGUCAAAGUAGGUUUUGGUUUUUCACUAGUUAAGCCGGCACUUAACCAUUUCCAUCAUAGUGCACUUUUUUGCUUAGACGUCUUCUAUUUGCUUCUGAUUUCAGUGCUUUCCCCUAUACUCAGAACCAGGGGAGGAGCUAAAAAUACUCGGUUGGGGGGCUGACGUAGCAUUAUAUAAUUAAAAUUAUAAAAAUAGUAUGACAUAUUUUUAUUCAAAAAAACAUAGAUCUUAAUAUGGAUUAUCACGGGUAUGUCUAAUGUCUAUCAUGAGAACACUUUUAGUGGGUUGCAUCCAUGUAACUGUUACAUGUUAGGCUGACCUUUACAGCUUUGCAGCUUAAUGGUCAAAGUGCGCAAGCUUAGUAAGAGCACUCAGCAUAAAAACUUCUCUUUUUUUUUUUUGGAUUAGUAAGCAUAAAACUUUUUUCAAGCUGAAUAAUGAGGUACUUAUAACCUAAAAAAUUAGGAUAAAACAACUGAAAUAAAUAAGAUGAAAAAACUAAGACGAAAGGCAAAGAGAGAGAGAGAGAGAGAGGAGCACGCUUGUAACUGAUAAAUGAACAUCCAUUUUUCCUCUCUUGAAUUCAUAUAAAUAAUAUAUAUAUAUAUAUAUAUUUGAAUGUAGUAUUGAUAUGUUGUAGUAAGGACUACCACUAUAACAGAAUUAAUUUUUAAUUCACUAGAUUUGAAUGUAGCAUUGUUAGGCUGAUGUACCAACGUCUUACUGCCAAUUUAUUUAGUUUUUUCCUAUUUUGUUGUAGGAUGCACUAUCAUUUUCUUAGGUUAAUGAGCUUUUCUUGUAAGCUAUAAUUGCACCAACUUUGUUAGGAAUUUAUUGCAAUUUUCUUGUUUAUAAAGUCCCUUCUUUUGUAGAUGUGUCAAAUACCACAAAAAGCUGAUAGAAGUUUCAAAUGACGGCCACAUAUAGUUGAUUUUUCCUUUGUAUUUGGUAGAAACUUAGUUAACAAUUAGAGAAUCUUCCUAAUGCUAAAAUUUCUUCACUAGAAAGAUUGUUGUGGAGAGAACUUCGUUAGAAUAAAUUUAAAAGGGAGAAUUUGUUUGGUGCAUUUUUGUAAAUAUACUUUAAGUUUAAGAAAUUGUUUUAUUUAUUUAGUAAGCACAUAGCCGAAGUCUUUUAACUACUAGAAUAAGUUUCAAUUGACUAUGUUACCAUUUGACUUGAUGACUCCCUCCCACCCCCAAACAAAAAUAGAUUGCCAUGCUUACCAUGACUGGCACACACUGAUCCUUCAUGAAAAAAAUGCAACUGAUAAGCAAAAAGAAGAUCGUAAAAAGAUACAUGCCUAACACAACUAAGUGUAAACACAGCAUGUGUUUGUGCACGCGCGCGCACACACACACACAUGAUGUGCGGUGAUCUUUGAACUGAGAUACGCUCUGAAGGGUACUAUGGAUGUUACUCUUGUGAUCUUCAAGAUGCAGUCUUCUUGACAAAGUCAGGGAUAACAGCCCUAUAACUAGAAUUAUGCAAAAUGGUACAAGGGCUAGGGUGCAAAUUCUUUUGCAACGACUGCUUGUAGAUGGAAAUGUUAAAAGCAACAAGUUUAGGAUCCAUUUUGAUGGAUUUCAGAUCAAUGUGAUAUUAAUCAUCUCCUUCUGAAUAAAUUGUGACAGUGGUUACUGGGUUCAGCCAGUGUGUUGGCCAACAAUUUGUUGGAACAUACUAUGCUAUUCUCCUUCCUUUGCAUAACAGAAUGAUUAUAUAAUGAUAUUGCAGCGAAUUUGUGAUACCUCGCUUUUACCCUGUGCUUUUCCAUUUUUCU